AGAAUUGACACCGCGUUCUUUCUCCAUAUAUGAGAAUGAAAAUGAAUAUUCCAAGACCUGGCUCAAGUUGGAACCUAGUAUUGAUUUGGUUUUUAUUGCGCACCCUUGCUCGUAUUGUUCUAGCUCUACUAGAUUUUCUUCGGAGCUACAACUACUAAGGGUAUUAAGGAUAUAUAAGGAGCGUCGAAAACGAAAUAAGAUUGAUAUGUUGGGGCUUUGAAAUGCAAUCAGAACGCUACUACAAUAGCAAUUCUUCAUGUGUAUCGAUCCCCGUUCUUGUGGUUCUAUGUAGCUCUUGGUUCUAAGAAUAUUAGUUUGCUUGUAUCAAUAUCGAGAGCGGCAGCGGGCAUGAUCCGUGGCUGCUUUUUGGUGAUACUUGAUAGUAUAUCGCUCGGUUUGCUUGCUCUUCUUAGAAGGUACAGGCAGACUGAAAUAGCCUCUCUUUCAAUAAGUUACUUUGAAACACGAGGUACCAUGACAUGACAUUGUUGCGACGCGCAAAGCAGGCCCAGAGGUUAGGUGGUCGUACGGUAAAAAACUCAUAUUUUUGACUAGUGCCGCGGUCGUAACUUCGUGUUUCCUCUGUUAGCCCAUCACGUAUAUAGUUGAUUACUAUUCAAUGAGUUUAUUUGCAGGAUGACAGACAGCGAUGAUGAGUUUUUGCAGUCGUUGCUUCAGAAGCAUGACUCUGAGAAACAACCGAGUAGUAUAGCCGCGAAGGCAGUAGCAGCUGGAGCAUCAAAGAAAACGGGGUUCGCUAUUAGGGUGACGAAGCCAGCCUCUCCUGUCUUGGCUCCUGCUGGAACGACAUCGACAUCGCCGACGGCGAGCACAUCCGGCACCAGUACCGCUAAGGUGGCAUCAAAAAGCAGCAGUGCGGUUGGAGCAAAUUUGAAUGCUACGAAGAAAACGAAGACCACAAGUUCAAGCGCAGUGCCACAAUCAGCUUACUCGAAAUUUCUGUCCUCGUUAUCUACGACUUCAAGCACCACAGGGUCGAGCAAUGCAGCUGCAGCAAAAGCCAAUGCUGCGCCACCAGCCGUCCCGAUCGGUGUGCUGGGUGCCAUGCGGCGUACGGAUGAUACCGAUCAGAUCCUAAUCCGCAAUCCGAUGCUCCCAAAAUUGGCGACAGCGGAAGAGGUGCGAGCAGAACAAAAAGAGGUACUCGGCUCCAAGAAUGGGCCAAAGGGAAAAGAAAUAGAUGCGAAAUCGAAAAAAAGCCCAAUCGAACCAGCCCCUCCUGGCCCAUAUUCGUCCUUUAAUAGUAUGCGCACGGGUGCUGGCGCAGCAGGAGCGUUAGCGGGGGCAACCUCCACGUCGGCUUCUGCGUCGAAACUUCCUAGCGCUGGUCCUGUUGAUGACGACUUGGAUUUGGGCAUUCAAAUACGGGUGAUCCCGCAGGCAAGAGCCAGUGCUUCGAAAGCGGCAGCGCAGCUACCGAAAAGUUUUGCAGCUGCAGGUGUCAUCAACAAGGUAGGAGGUGUUGUCGGAGCUGCUUCUAUUUCCCAAAAUUUGUCCGACGCUCCUCCACCACCUGCUGGCACCGCCACCUCGACAUCAUCUGUAGGAGGAGCCGUUCCGCCUCGACCACCGACGUCGUUGCCAGUCGCGAAGAGCAAAGGAGCUCCACCAUCGGCUCCAGCAUCGGUGAAAAGCAGUGCAGCGUUCGUUUUCAAGGCGAGUGGGCCCUCAUCAACCGCGUUUGGGACAGUCGGGAAAGCUUCUGGUCAACCGUCAGGGCUUAGCUCAGCACCUCCACCUCCCCCAGGAGCUCCAGCAGGAGGUGUUGUCGUGGGUCGGAUGGCAGCUGCGUCCUCGUCCUCCUCCGCAUCAAGAGGCCUCGGGGGUGUCGCACCACCUCCGCCGCCCGAGGCCCCGGCGCCGCCGCCACCAGCUGAACCGCCAGAAGGACCGCCGCCCUGUGCAAAUCCUGUUUGCCCCCACCGACAGAGCGGCUACAAAAUGGUCAGCUACGUUUGCCGCUUCAGCAAAUUCUGCAACGACUGUCGAUACGUGUCUGGCGACCCUUUCAAACCAGGCCUGCGAACGCUUGGUCAGCACGUGGUUUCCAGGUCCCAGAAACAAGCAGUCUUUGAGAUUCCGGUUUACGCCCUAGCAGGCGUAGACAUUCCGUUCAAUGCAUUACAGUUGGGGCCGAUGGGAAUGAUAGAAAAGGAGUUGGAACUACGCUGUCUGCCCGACAAACCCGUGCAUUACAAGGUAAGUACAUACCGAUACCUCCAUUUUCUUGUUGUUUUAUGCAAGUUCCCUAGCUCGACCUUGUUGAUGUCUGCACAGUACUUAUAAAUAAUGGAGUAGUUUAUAGACGCUGGGCUACGCUGGGUGGCUGGGCGGCCUCGCUGGGCACGCUGGGCGGCAACGCGGGGCACGCUGGGCGGCAACGCUGGGCACGCUGGGCGGGCGCUUGGAUAGCGCUUAGCGGACUUGAGGGCCACACAUUGGGCAUGCCGAGCCUGCGCGGCCGAUGGAUUUACUUGCGCCGCGGGGACGCGGUGCAGCGCGUCCCGCGAGGACAAACAAAGGCGGCGCGCCGCCCUCAAGGUUCAGGGCAGCGCUGGCGCAGUGCUGCGCCAGUUUGCGCAGCAGCGGGCUGCGCGGCGCCUGCUCUGUUCAGGCUCGCACUCCGUCGCGCUGCACUGCGCUGGUCGAUGCGUGCAAUGCUGCGCCGCUCUUGUGCACAACGGUAAACUCGCCAGCGUCGUCGGCCUUGGCCUACGCUAGACUAGCACUGCUGGUGGGUUCUCAAGCGGGCGCCCGAAGGGCGCCCCGCAAUUGGAGACGCCCAGCGUGACGCUGGGCGCAGAAUUCGGAAGAUCUGGCACAUUUGGGUCGCCCAGCGACCCAGUGUGCCCAGCGUGCCCAGCCCAGCCAUGUUGGGAACCCUUAUAAACUGUUCUAUUAUAAUAUAUUAGGGCUGAUCUUAAUUCAUCUCGUCUUUGAGUGAUUCAUAAUAUUUGAACGAUGACAACAAGUAAGUAACUUUUUUAGGACAGCAUAGAUAUCGAGUAUACCGGUACAUGAUCAGUUGUGAAAUGGUCGGACUUCUCCACACCAGGACGAACUGUCGCAUCGGUGGCCGGACAGCGGUGUCGUCAUGUAUGUGAGUGCGCCUCCGAAUUUCAGUGAAAGACGUAUCCUGAAGAUCGACGCAGUCCAUGGUGAAGACACGCUUUCUAAAGACGAUAAUGUGCCAACGAAUAUCACAAAUUUUGUGAACGAGGCAGCGCGCCUCUAUCCUGGGCUUCCCUUCGUACUGAAGGUCCGUGUUGUAUUCAACCUGCGUGCUGGGGAAGAUCCUUUCCGCCUGGGGAUAGUCGAAAUCGCCGGACACGUGAAGGAAAAAAACAUCGUGUCAAGAAUACAACGUACUUUGACUGUCUUAGAACUGUAGUAUGGCCUUGAGCUUAUGAUUUUAUUUCAUGUACUUGUACAUGUUCAUCUUGUUUAUGUAGCAACGGCUUUCGUGCUGAGCAAAGUUUUGCUUUUGAAGAUGUGACGUGGUGUAAGUCAGCUAAUCCCCUACAAUCUAGUCCAUUCCAUAAUCCAUCUACUUACAUUAUAUCACUACACCAUCACCAUCCAGGUCAUAAUUUCGUGCCGUACAGGCAGGAUUUGCAGCGUGCAAUCGCGUGGGUCGAGGCGCAUGCCCCCAAAGACAAUGAUGACGAUGGGGUGCAAAUAGUGGAUCCGCCGCAGAUGUCGUUGAUUUGCCCGAUGUCAAUGCUGCGCAUCGGCAUCGCAGCACGCGGUCGCGCCUGUGCGCAUCUGCAGAGCUUCGACCUGGAGUCGUUUGUCGAGACUAUGCGGCACGCACCGGCAAAGCGAAAGUGGGUGUGCCCGCUUUGUGACGUCGUGUGUCUACCCGACAGACUCGUGCUCGACUCUUUUUCGCAGAACGUGCUCGAUCGCUCGGCACCUAACGUGUCCGAAGUGUUAAUCACCGAGGAAGGAAAGUUUACCCCGAGUGAAUUCGUCGACGACGAUGAGCUGGAACUGAUCUCCAGAACUACAACCGCAACCGCGACCGCGUUUCGUACUGGAGGACAUCACUCACUAGCCUUUGGAGGAAGUGCGGCAGGUGGUUCUGUUUCCGCAACUGGAACAGCACCGACAGGCGCAUCUGGAGCAGGUGGACAACAACUACAACAACAACAGGCUGGUAAAAAGAAGAAGAAAAACAAAGCCUUAGGGGGAGACCAAAUGAUCCCGGAGGUGACCAUGACGGAAAUCACGGGUUUUUACAAUCCAAACGACAAGGAUCUCGCUGCACGAAGAGCAGUGGCUGAGGAAAAGCGCGUGAAGGAAGAAAAAGAGCGGCUUCGGCGCCAAGAACUAGAAGAAGCUGCAGAACGGGAACGAAAAAAGAAAGAGGGGGAAAGGAUGCAGAACCCCCGCUAUGGCUGGAUGGAAGAAAGUAGGAUCUUUUUCUCUAUUAGACGAGUCGUUACCUACUUCACGUUCAUGAUCAUGUCGAAUUCGAAGAAGCUUUGGGUUUGGCUGACGAUUAGUUUCCAGUAUCGCUCGGACAAGUUAGUAUGUAUUGAUCGUGAUUCUUUAACACGAGGAAGUAGAAAUGAUUCGAUGUCGUCCUCUUCUAAUUCAUUCUCGAUCUCAUCAGGUGAAAAAUGCGAUGAAUGUGGAAAGCAGGUUGUAUUCCAUGGCGGUAUUAUCUGUGGGCGGAAGAUGAAAACCAACACAAACCGAAGUAGAGCACCAAACAGCAGACUGCGUGGCGGUUGCGGACGCAUGGUCUGCUGGAGAUGCCUGAGGACUGGUGAACGCGGCCCCCUCAAAACUACCAAACAGGAAUUUGAGGAUCUGGGAGAGGAAGCCUGGUGGAUGCAUCAUCGCUGCAUGAGCCUCAAUGAUGAAAGAGCGUAUUAUUUAUCUUGAACUUUCAAUCUAGUAAGGACUACCUACCUAGUACAGAUUUUUUACUUUUAGGUAGCACUCAAUUGUGAGGAUGAAUGGGUACUAAGUAACCGUUUUCUGAUUGGAAAACCAAUGUCAAUUUCUUAGCCGAGACAUGACAACUGGAAUCCUUAAGUCGUGGUGAAGCUCGGUUACCGUGAUCAUGUCGGAGAACAGAAGGGUUGGAUUCUUUUUCCUUUCGGGAUCUUCUUCCCGAUCGGGGGAUCUCAGUGAAUCGGCCUGAUACUACCUCCGGAGAAGAAGCACGUCCCGCAUGUCAUCUCAUAUCUAUUCACGAAGACGUGAAGCUAAGUGUUUUCGUGGAGGUGGCGCGUGUACAAAGAAAGCUAAAUCAAGGAUGUAUGCAGUGAUUGUUCCUAGUAGAGUACCGCUUUUCCAUGAUUUGACGCUUUUCCCUCGACAUGUCAAACACAGGUAUUACGGCGAGCCGGAGGUCCCUGGAGACGAUGACAAAAUUACGGAAACAGUAUAGAUACGUACUAUAAUUCGUUGCUUUUGCACAAGACCCAGUGACUGACUUUGAAACUAUUAUCCUCUAGUUGCUGAAGAACCACAUAUUCCGAAGCCUAGCUAGGCAAAUAAUUCUAAGUAUAGGACGUGACAGAUUACAUACUCAAGCAUGAUGACGACCAUAAUCAAGUGCAUAUCUCUAACAUUUCCGCGGGACAGUAUGAUCAAAAUGCUGAGGAUGACUUGCCACCGGCGAAGCGGCAUCGUGCGGAGGAGCAGCCUGCUUAUCACGUGGCCGCAUCAGCUUUGAAGCAAGACGAGCAAGCAGCGGAUGACGACGAUGAUGGACCAAAAUUUUUCGCUUGGGAGUGAUCUGAGGCUACUCUUUGGUGUUCAGGAGUUGGUGAAAAUAAUCUGCGGGAAGUUACUUUUAGGCUUGUUGAGAUGAUAGAUCAUAAACAAACCGCUGAAAUACAACCUCAUCAGGCUGAUUCGCUAAUUCUUUCUCGCUUCAACUCGCCACUUUCAUUUUGGUGCUGUUGAGGUGCUCUUCUUGCCCUACUUGUCAAGAGAAGGUCAACAAGAAACAUGAUCCUAUUUGUAUUUCGUUGUAUUAACCCGCGCAUCCCCUAUCCCCAAUUGGUGAACUCGCCGCCUCCACAACUACCCAAGACCCUUUUUGUGCGGUGUUUCAUAUUUCCGCACAAUAAAUCUUGAGCGUAUCAUCAACAAGGCUUUGGUCACGGUAUGUCAACCCUCCC